UUCUGCUCCUCAGCAUCCCACAGUUCUGAUCCCCAGAAUCCCUCUUUUCCAGUGCUCACUGUGCCACCUUUCUUAUCCUCACCAUCCCUCCUUUCUGCUCCUCAGAAUCCCACUUUUUUCAGCGUCCUCAGCAUCCCACCUUGUUGAUCCUCAGAAUCCCACUUUUCUGGUCCUCAGAAUCCCACUUUUCUGGUCCUCAGCAUCCCACUUUUCCAUUCAGCAGCACCAUCCCCGCCUCACCAGCCGGCACCAUCCCACCUUUCCAGCCAGCACCAUCCCAUCCCACAGUGCCAGCUGGAACCAUCCCUCCUUCCCAGAUGGCAGCACCAUCCCACCUCUCCAGCUGGGAGCAUCCUGCCUUUCCAGCCAAUAUCCCAUCCCACCUCUCCAGCUGGGAGCAUCCUGCCUUUCCAGCCAAUAUCCCAUCCCGCCUCUCCAGCUGGGAGCAUCCUGCCUUUCCAGCCAAUAUCCAAUCCUGCCUCUCCAGCUGGGAGCAUCCCGCAUUUCCAGGCAGCAUCAUCCCACCUCUCCAGCUGGUCCCAUCCCUCCUUGCUGGUCUGUGACUUCCCGCCUCCCUGGCCGGAAGCACCAUCCCAACUUCUCCAUCUGGAAACAUCCCACAUUUCCAGUUGGCAGCGUUAUCCCACCUCACUGCGUGGAAGCAUCCCACCUUUCUGGUUGGAAAUGUUAUCCCACCUCACUGGAUGGCAGCAUCCUCCCUCUCCAGCAGGAAGCAUCCCACAUUUCCAGUUGGCAUCAUCCCACCUCACCACCUGGGGACAUCCGGCCUUUCCGGUCGGAAGCGUUAUCCCACCUCUCCAGCUGGCAUCGUGCCUGGAAGCAUCCCGACUUUCCAGUCAGAAGCAUCAUCCCACUUCUCCAGCUGGAGACAUCCCAUAUUUCCAAUUGGAAGUGCUAUCCCACCUCUCCAGCAGGAAACAUCCCACCUUUCAGUCAGGACCAUCAUCCCACCUCUGUGGCUGAAAACAUCCGGCCUUUCCGGUUGGAAGCAUUAUCCCACCUUUCCAGCUGGCAUCAUCCCACCUCACUGCCUGGAGACAUCCCGCCCUUCCAGUCAGAAGCAUCAUCCCAACUUCUCCAGCUGGAGACAUCCCACAUUUCCAGUCAAGACCAUUAUCCCACCCCAAUGCCUGGAAGCAUCCCACCUUUCCAGUCAGAAGCAAUAUCCCACCUCACUGGCUGGAAGUAUUAUCCCACUUCUCCAGCUGGAAGCAUCCCACAUUUCCAGUCAGGACCAUCAUCCCACCUCAAUAGUUGGAAGCAUCCCACAUUUCCAUUUGGAAGUGUUAUCCCACCUCACUGGACGGUGGCAUCCCACCUUUCCAGUCGGCAUCAUCCCACCUCACUGCCUGGGAAUAUUCAGCCUUUCUGGUUGGAGCCAUUAUCCCACCUCUCCAGCUGGAAAGAUCCCACAUUUCCAGUCAUCACUAUCCCAUUUCUCCCACUGGAAGCAUCCUGCAUUUCCAGUCGGGACCAUUAUCCCAUCCCACUAUCCAGAAGCCUCAUCCUGCUUUUCCAGCAACAUUCCACCUUUCCAGCUGGCACAGCCAUCCCUCCGUGGUGGAGAAGAGCAUCCCAGCACCAUCCCACUUUCCACCUGGCAACAUUCCCUCUUCCAGGAGAUCCAUCCCAUCUUCGGCAACAUUCCCUCAUUUCCUCUUCCAGGAAAUCCAUCCCAUCUUGCUGGCAGCAUUUCCUCAUUCCCUUUUCCAGGAGAUCCCUUCCACCUUCCACCUGGCAGCAUUCUCUCUUCCAGGAGAUCCAUCCCACCUUCUGGCCAGCAGCAUUCCCUCAUUCCCUUUACCAGGAGAUCCAUCCCUCCUCUCCAGCAGCCUCAUCCCACCUCACCCAUCCCAUGUGGACACGAGUGGUUUCCUCAUGGAGCAUCCCGGUUAUAAAUCCCACUUGGGGGAAUUUUCCCUUCUGGGUGGAUUCCAGCUCUGCUUUUCCCUUCUCCCAGCCCCUGGCUGCCUUCCCGCUCCAAAGAUCCUCCUGGAAGUGAACAUUCCCUCCUUUCCAUGGAUACAACGCUUCCAUGGAGCCUCCACCAUCUGUUCCAGGCUCCGAUUAUCCACGCACGGAUUGGGAAUCUCCCAUUAGCCGCACUUCGGAGCGGCUCCGAUCCCGCUCCAGCCCUUUUGGAAGGAUUCCUUUGGAUUUUCACAUGGAUUUUGGGGCCUGGCAGGCUCAGUUUGGAAUUCCCAAGGAUGGGAGACAGGGAACAACCAGCCCUGGAAAGGCAAAUGCUCCCUGGCACAUCCUGGAGUUGGAAAUACAGGGACAAAGGGAUUUGGGAAUUCCUAAUGAGGGUGGGAUUUUAAUCAAGGGGAAGGGGAAAAAAAAUGGGAUUGGAGGGGUUGGAUCUCUCCCAGCUUUGCUCUUUAUGGCACAGAGCCAGGAUGGAAAGAGGCGGCGCUGGAGCCCCUGGGCUGCGCUGAUAAGGCCGGGAAAACGCUGAUAAGGAGCGGGAAAAGGCUGAUAAGGAAUGGGGAAAACGCAGAUGUGGCUGGUUUCUCCUGGGAUAACGUUCUCUUGGAUGGUUCCUCCUGGGAUAACCCUGAUCAUGAGCGGGAAAACGCUGAUAAAGCUGACUCCACCCGGGAAAAUACUGAUAAGGAGGGUUCCAUGUGGGAAAACGCUGAUAAGAAACCGGGAAAAUGCAGAAGUGGCCGGAUUGUCCCGGGAUAAUUCUGCCCGGAAAAACGCUGAUAAGGACGGGGAUAAUGCUGAUAAGGAGCAGGGUAACACUGAUAAGGACGGCUCCUCCUGGGAUAAAGCUCCUUGGGAUGGCUCCAGCUGAACCACGGCAAAGAUUCCUCAAAAAAGGGAGAGAAGAAAUAGAUGGAUGGAAAAAGAAAGGGAGAAUGAACAGGAGGAAAAGCCUGGAUUGGGAAAUGCUUCCUCCAUCCCUAAACUUUUCCUGGCUUUGCCCCAAUUCUUUGGGAGAGCCCAAAAUCCAUCAGGACCUUCCCAAAAAAUCCAAUGACUGGGAAAAGCAGCCCUGGGAAUGAUCUCCUCAGGCUGGCUCCUGUUUUCCUUGGGAAAAAAAGACCAUGCGAUGAAAACCCUUUUCCUACUGACAUCUCCCAUCUCCACACUCAAUUUCCCGGACAUUCCCGAGGCUUUCAAGUGCCUGGGAAUUUUCUGCUCCCAAAUUCCAUUUGUUCUACAACAUGUGGAGAGAGGGAGGAAAACAGAGAGCUGGAGCCAGGAAAAGUGGGAGCAUUUCCUUGUCAGGUCCGGGAAAUAUUCCAUGAGCAGGGAAGGGGUGAUUCCUUGUUCCUGCUCCAGGAUUAUCCCAGUUCCUCAUGCCAUGAGCAGGGAAUGUUUGAUCCUUGUUUCCGGUUCAGGGAUUCUCCUGAUCCCUUUUUCCAUGGAAUGUUUCAAUCCUUGUUCCUGCUCCAGGAUUCUCCCAGUUUCAUUUCCAGAGGAAACGAGACUGGAAGGGGACGGGGAGGAAGGGAAAUUUGUUCCCAGUUUUUUCCCUCGGAUGAAGCCUCUCCUGACCUUUUUUGCCAAGCUCCAGAGUUGGUUUUAGAGCAGCAGGAAUGGAGCAGGUAUGGAAUCAGGAAUAAACCUGGAAUUCUGGAAGUGAUUCCCACUUGGAUUAAAAGCAAGGAUGCGCUCCCGUGCCUGUUUUAUAAACAAACAUGGAUCUGUUUUUCCCAAUUUUCCCAAGCUUUGGAUUUCUCUGCCCAUUCCCACCUCUAAAAAUCCUCAUUUUUCCCACCUUU